CCAUGAAAAUGAAAACAACAGUGAACAGAGUGUCAUUGUCGAAAUCUUAAGUUACUGAAUGUUAUUAUGUUACUUGAUUGUUAAUUGAAAACCAUGUUUUUCAUUUGAGUCAACAUAAUGUCGAGUCAAAUGUCUGCGAUGCGAUUCGCAGACUAUUUCGUUGUGUGUGGACUGGAUACAACGACGGGGUUAGAACCAGAUCAGUUGGCAGGAGAUAACUUACAGUGUCCACCACUUGACCGUCCAUUUAAAUCAAAAGUAUUACAACAUGUUCCAGACAACGUUCCUUGGAAUCCAUUCGAUAAUGCAGCAGUCGGAAUGCUCUGCAUGCCACAAGGCCUCAGCUUUUGCACCCAGAGGGAAUCAAAACGAGCAAGAUUUCACUCCUUCUUGAUAACGAAGGAAGAUGGAUCUCGAAUAUUUGGAUCGGCCUUGACCUUUUUUGAAGAGGUCAGGGACAGAAAGAUAUGCGCUGCCAUGCAGACCCUGCAACACAUGUAUCGAGCACAACCAGAAGAGGAAGUGGAGGAAGAGAACCAGUCAACUCUACAACUACGGCACAGUCCAAAAGUCACUAAACGAUCUAGUCCCAGACAGAGCAUAAAAGUCUUUGAUUCACAAACUGACAUGCUUUUUGUAACCAAAUGUCUUUGUCUCAUUACCCAGUAUCCAUUUGUUACAGCCCCUAGGGAAUAUCUAAAACAGCUGUAUGAAGCCAUAGAGAAACCAUCUAAGUCACAUCUGCCGUUAGAGAGUUAUAUUUAUAACAUUCUGACAGAGGUCCCUCUCCCACCCCCGGGACGAAGCAUGAAGUUUUAUGGUGUCUAUAGGGCUGUGUUUACUCAGAGACCAAGUGUGAGUGAGCUCCCUUUGUUUGACUUCUCUCUGUGGGACCUGUGUCGAUACCUAGAAGUUAAAGAUCUCAUUCUACUCUUCACCAGCGUUCUCCUAGAGCAUCAAAUUCUUCUGUAUUCAUCUG